AUGAAAGUUGUUCGUCAAAUGUUAUUGCAAUUAAGCGAUAGACAAAUAGAUAAUGAUCUUUCUCGAAUAACAACUGCAGAAACUAGUAAUCCAGGCACAGCUCAAUUACAAGAACUUUAUGAAAUGCUCAACAUCUUGUCAUGUGGUAUUGAAACAUUGAACAAUGAUCAACAGCGUCUAAGCAAUGAAUCACUUCGAAUUCAAGUAACAAUUCCAACAUUGACAGAAGAAAUACCAAAACUUAAGUUAUCAAUUGAAGAAUCAAAUGCUUUUCUGGAAGGAGUGAAACAUAAUCAAGACAUUCUCAAUCAAGAUUUAGCAUCAGUGCACGAAAAAAUCGAUAAUCUCCGAUACGUUUCAUAUGAUGGAAUCUUGGUAUGGAAAAUUACAAACUUUCAAGAGAAAAUGAUUGAUGCUCAGUCUGAAAGGCAAACAUCUAUUUAUUCACCUCCAUUUUAUUCAUCUCCAAUUGGUUAUAAAAUGAGAGCUCGUCUUUAUUUAAAUGGUGAUGGAAAUGCUCGCCGUACACAUAUGUCACUCUUUUUUGUGCUUAUGCGAAGUGUAAACGAUCCAAUUCUCAAAUUUCCGUUCAACUAUAAAGUCACAUUUUGUUUGUACGAUCAAACGCCUGCACAGCGACAUAUUAUUGAUUCAUUUCGACCAGACAUUAGAUCAAGUAGUUUUCAACGACCUCGAUCGGAUAUGAAUAUAGCUAGUGGUAUACCAAAAUUUUUCCCAUUGGAAAUGAUUCAACAAGGAGGAAAUCCUUAUGUACGAGACGGCACAAUGUUCAUCAAAGUGAUGGUUGAUUUUGGUGACAUGCCUAAAACGCUUUUGCCUUACGCUUUGAGUCUCAAUCCAGGUCUACCAACUCAUGUUCAACAAGCAAUGAUCAAGCAAGAAGCCGAAAGAAGAUCUCAACAACAGGCUAGCGAGCAGCCGCAGAUACCUCCAAAAUAG